UCAGCAAACUACACCGACUCCGGUGAUGUCACUGUGGGCUGGCUUGUGGGGACAGUCACGUGAUGAACUGAAGCUUGCGGCAGCCAUGUUGGUUACGAAUGAAGAAUCAGCUGAGAAACAGUCGUAUCGGUGUACAAACCCCAGAUAAAUAAUGCCUACCACGUGCGCAGCUUCUGAAUGCAAAAAUAAUUCCAAAAAGGAUAGCCAGGUGACUUUUCACAGAUUCCCAGCAGACCCAAAACGGAGAGCAGAAUGGUUGAAGCAUCUUAAUAGGGAGAAUUUCUUUCCCACUUUGCACACAUUCCUAUGUUCAAAACAUUUUGAAGAGGCCUGUUUUGACCGAACAGGACAGACCGUGCGUUUGAGGGCAAAUGCUGUGCCAACAAUAUUUAUCUAUCCUGAACACAUGAAGGAGAAGAUUCCUUGCCUGAAGGUGACUACCAUUGCAAAGCCAGAAGACCCUCUGCCGCAAUCCAGCACAAUCUCCCAGAAACCAACAGAUCCCUACCCAGAUCACAAUUAUUGCCUGCCAAGCCCUGCAGCAAUUAAAAAGAAAAUCUGUGAACUUGAGAGGAAGUUGGAAAUUGCUCAUAAGAAAAUAAAAAUAUAUCAGCAGAGGGAACGCAGAGUGAAAAAGAAGGGCACAGGAGAAAAUGUUGAUGGAAGUGAACUUAAAGAAACAGGAGGGAAAAACUCUUGGGAUGUAUUUUAGAGUGAUCAUCCGAUGCCACAAAAACGUUGAAGGAACACAGGUCCAUUGUACUGUACCCUACACUUGAACAACAGAAAAAGCCCUAGAAAACCUCCACUGAAGUAUGUCUGGGGGGCAAAGAUGUAGCUAACUUUGCACUGUUGGUCCCUUUAUGCCUCUAAUGACUAUAUAAAGCCAAGCUCAGGCAUUGUCCAUACAUUCUGAAGGAUGAUGGUAGAUAUGCAUAUGGUAGCUGUGUCACAAUAUGGUUGUGUAUUUUUAGAGCAUUACAGGCAUUAACAUAAAAGCCUCAUCAACCAUAUGCAAUUUGGGUAUCCUAUUGAUGGAUGGAUGGAUGAGUACACUGCCUCACACUGUUUUGGUUAUGUUAACUAAGCUGUGGGCGGUAUGUUUAACCCCCCACUUCACAAAUGUGGAUUCCACAAUUCCAAGAUGCAGCAUAGGCACGUAACCCUAUAAAUUUCAUUUGGGACAGUAGGAUUGAGAAAGCCCUCUCACCCGAGAUCCACUUAUUAAGGAGCAAGAUUGCUAGAGCAAGCUUACAAAAGAGUACCAACAGCAUCCUCAGUCCUCUAAAUGAAAUGUGAUUUGAACAAGUUGGUCAACCUAUUUUUUAUUUAAUAUAUCUUACCCAAUAUCCCACUUGGAAUCACUUUUUUUUCUUCUCUCCUUCCUGUUACAAUUUUGUUAGAUCAAUAUUUUCUCUUUUUCAGUGUCCUCUUGUUGAUUUUUCAGUUAGUAAAGUACAAUAAAAUGUUUGAAAAUAGAACCGUACCCACGGAAAUUUUAAUAUUUAACUAGGGAUGCACCAAAUCCAGGAUUGAGUUCGGGAUUCGGCCUUUUUAUCAGCAGGAUUCGGCCGAAUCCUUCUGCCCGGCCAAACCGAAUUUGCAUAUACAAAUUGGGGGUGGGGAGGGAAAUCACUUGACUGUCACAAAACAAGUAAAAAAUAUUUUCCCCUUCCAACCCCUAAUUUGCAUAUGCAAAUUAGGGUUCGGUAUUCGGCUGAAGCUUUCGCAAAGGAUUCAGGGGUUCGGCCGAAUACAAAAUAGUGGAUUCGGCACAUCCCUAUAUUUAACAAACUGCUAUUAAAACCCAAUUAGUUCUUGGCGGUGUUUUUCCCCAUUCGGCCUUACAUGGUUAGCAUCGGAAAUAAUUAACUUAAAAAAACAAAACACAGACUUUUCAUUAUACAGCUAAAACAAUGUUUGUUUCACUAGCAUGGUACUGGCAUGAAAAAAAAAACAAAAAAAAAAAAAAGAUUUCUAAGACAACUCAGUAACCAUACGCUAUGAUUAAAAUAACUUGUUUUUAAUGUGCUAAAUAAAGAGAAAAGAUUAUCUUAAA